AUCGUCGUUCCUUGGUAUGAUCGAAACGGGCAUAUUUUCAAUAGCUUCGAAAUUUGGCAGGGGGAUGCAUGCAUGCGGGGAAGCAAAUUCCAAUUCGAAAUUAGAGGGGAGUGAAAGUGCAGAUCUGUCUCACUCCACUGCCCGUCAUAUUUUGGGCCUCACUUGCUCAUCUCUGCACGGAGACACCCUUCAUUUCAUUCCAAAAAGUGGUCACCUUCGCACUAGUUAAUUUGUGGCAUCUGAGGGCGUCUUCCUUGCAUCCUUCUCCGGGAAAUGCCAGAAUUCGUUUUUGGGAAUGCCUAAAUGGCAAUUGCCGGCAUAACGAUCGGUCCGCGUAGACAAAGAGAGCUCAGUGUUUAU